AUGUACGCUGAAGUUGGUGUGGAACGUAAAGCCCCUCUUUCUGCUUUGCAUACCAAGAACCUCCAUCUGUCGGUGGUGGAGGGUUUCAAAGGUCACAGUGAAGGGACAUCCAGAAAUUACCUAACCAGCAUACAAAAGCUUCGCGAGAGCGAGAAGCAGAUGGCUGCAGUCUCCGAGCCCACCCUGCAGGCGAGGAGGGACGCCGAGCUGGCACCAGACCAGUUCUUGCUCCGCACCGCCAAAAGCCAGCCCAUCUGUCGAUGUCCUCCCUCAGAAGGGCGGCUGAUGGACGUAAGGCUGUGGGAGCUGCCCGCCUGGUUUGCCGCCUGCGACUUCUCUCCCCGGGGGCUGCUUGGAGGGGUGCAGAGAGCCUGGAGCAGCUAUUACGACAAAUACAUCAACGUGAAGAGGGGCGGGCCAGCCGGGAUCUCCAUGCUGCUGGCUGGGUACUGCCUCCUCAGCUACGGCUGGAACUAUCAGCACAUCAGGGAUCGGCACACCCUCACCCGCCUGGGAGCCCAGCCCGGGCUGCUCCCACACCCCUCAAACCUGUGCUGGCAGUGCCCGCUCCUGCUGCCCCGCUCCGCUGCACAGGAGGCAGCUGCGAAUUAG